UCAGUGUGAUUUUAGUCUUGCGGACUUGUUUGGCAACAGACAUCCGGACUCCUCCAUUAAACUGAUGGCGCUGUUAAAGCUGUUCCUCGGGGCUCUUCUGCUCCUUCAGUUUGUUCUGUUGGAUGGAGCUGAACCUCAGAACCUGAACUGCCCUGCAUAUGGUGGCGUUCCAGGGACUCCUGGACACAACGGUCUGCCUGGUAGAGAUGGGAGAGAUGGUAAAGACGGAGCAAUUGGACCCAAAGGAGAGAAGGGAGAGCCAGGAGUGAAUGUGCAGGGAACGCCGGGUAAAGCAGGACCGUCUGGCCCAGCUGGAGCCAAGGGUGAAAGGGGACCACCAGGCUUGCCUGGACGUGACAGCACAGCUGACUCCCUGAAAUCUGAGAUCCAGCAGCUUAACGCCAAGAUUGCUAUGCUUGAGAAAGCUGCGAGUUUUAAUACAUUCAGAAAAGUUGGACAGAAAUACUACGUCACUGAUGGUAUUGAGCUUACUUUUGAUAAAGGGGUGCAGUACUGCAAGGACUUUGGAGGAGCAAUGGUGUUGCCAACAACUGCUUUAGAAAACCAGGCGCUAUUGAAAUUAUCAGUAUUCAGUGGUUUAAGUAGUAGGAAGCCAUUUAUUAGAAUCACAGAUAGAGAAACCGAGGGAAAGUUUGUGGACACUGAGGGGAAGCAAUUGACUUUUACCAACUGGAUUAAUGGUCAGCCUGAUGAUUUUAAGGGACUACAAGACUGUGGUAUUAUCCCACACUCUGGCCUUUGGGAUGAUGUCAAUUGUGAUAGUCCACAUCCUAUCAUAUGUGAAAUAGAGAUUUAAAUAGAAAAAGAAAUAGAAUUUACACUGUAAAAACAAACCUAUAGAACCUACUCAAAAAAUUGAGGUAACAAGUAAAAAGUCUACCUGACAUAAUAUAUUACAACUUAUAAAAAAUGAGUAAUAUGAACUUGAUUAUAAUAGCUUCUGUAGCUUGCAUAGCAAACAUUUGCAAUGAAUAAGUUGUCACCAGAGGCAUCAGGCCCCCUCAGAUUUCCAUUACCAUAUAUACAUAUAUAUAUAUAUAUAUGUGUGUGUGUGUGUGUGUGUGUAACCCCUCUACCCAGGUCCUACUCGCCCCGCGAUGCGCGGGCCUCGAACCUAGGUCUCUGGCGUGUGAGUCGGACACUCUAACAAGGAGGCUAAAGGCCAAAACUUGUAGUGUCAGUUUACUCACACAGCAACUACUAGCUGGCCUUCAUUACACGCACAUAUAAAUACAAAUAUAUAUAUAUAUAUAUAUAAUUAACCCAUUGAAGCGUAUGAUCACAUCGGUGUGAUUAGAAACGUUCAGUGCGUCACAUGAUCAACUGCUACAUUCAACUGUUUAGUGUUUUCAACCUUAUGUUUAUUUUAUGUUUCUGACAUUUAAAUACAGAUAAGUACUAGCAUUAUAGUUUGUAAAAUAUACACUAAUGUUUAUGGAAGAGGCAAUAACAACUAUUUCAAAAAUAAUUUGACAGCCCCGCCCCUUUUCAGCACAGCGCUCAUUGUCUUUUGUCUUCCGGUUUGUAUUUCCACAGUGAUCUUACGUAUUUAUAAAUGAACUGGUCUACUGACAUUUGUAAAGACAUCUGCUUUAAACAUUACAAUGCUCAUGAUAACUUUCUUUAACUCUACAAGUAAAUCCACUUCACCAGCUAAUUAUUCUUUGACAGCGAUGCGAUAGAAAUGUACAGAGCUACCACAAAGACGGAAGAUCAAAGACAAUAUUAUAAAGAUGGCGGCGCGCUUGUUUCUCUGUGUAACGAGGCGGGACUCAGGGUAAGAUCCAUUAGCAAGCUUUUAUUAAACAGUUCUUAGUCAAACAGGCAAUGGUGGAAUAACAGCAAAUUGGUAUGGCAGAGAGCAGGCAGAAUCGUAGUCGAGGAACAGGCAAAGGGUCAGGGCUGGCAGAUAACAAUCGUAAAUCCAAAACAGAGCAAGUAGUCCAAAGGGCAGGCAGCAGAGAAUCGUACACGGGGAACAGGAACAGGAACAGGAACAGGAACAGGAACAGGAACAGGAACAGGAACAGGAACGCGGGCGGGCAGACAGACAGACAAGAUAACAAGUAAACAAGACCUCGCAAAGUGUGUGUGUGGAUGUGAGUGGCUUAAAUAGUCCGGGUAAUGAGCUGCAGCUGGGUGUGGUGAUUAUUGAUUGGUGGAGUGAGUGCAAUGUGAUAGGCAGGGAGGAUUGUGGGAAAUGAAGUCCGGGAAUGACUGGAACUGUGACACUCUGGCUCAUAAGAGUUGCGUCCCAAAUGACGCACUAUACACUAUGCACUUAUACACUAUGUACUUAUGCAUGUAGUGUAUGAAUUUUAUAAAUUUAUUUUGUCAUUAAACAUCGAAGUCUGAUCCCCCCUCCACUUCCGCUACGUAAUUAAAGCUGCGACAGCUGAGUGCAUGAAGUGUCCAACAUUCCACACUUCAUUUUUUCCAUUAAUUAAGUGCAUCAUCCGUGCACUUUUUCUUUCUGGAAUUUUCUGUGAACGCACUACUCACACUAUUUGUACUUAAAAAUGUCAUAGAAUAGUGCAUAAGUAUGCGAAUUGGGACGCACCUAAUGUCUAUAUGUAACUAUAAAGUUUACUCUAAUCUUAGAAUAUUGUUGGUGCAAAAUUAAUAUUGCCCCAGUAUUGUCGUCUUCUUGGUGAAUUUCUUAGUUUUGAAGCUCACAGCCUGGGCGAUUUGUGAGGUCAGAAACCAUCGAAUUUUACAUAUUUAAGUAGAUUGAGCACAAUUAAUUUCGAAACAAAAUUGUGUUACUUUGUGUAACAUUUUUUAAUUAAGUAAACUGAACAAGCAGCAAAAAUCAUUUUUACAAUAUUAUGAAAUAUACAAAUCUGUGAUACUAAUAUGCUAUUAACAAUGCUCACAGUAUGCACAUUACAUAUGAAACAAUUUUAUUAAAUGAUGAACAUAAAUAAUUUUGUUUCAGAUUAAUGAAUAAAAUAUUUCUCAUGA